AUGAGGUCCCGGCUUUUGCUUUCCGUGGCCCACCUGCCCACAAUUCGGGAGACCUUGGAGGAGAUGCUGCCCGGUGGGCCUGGAGAGGACCCCCCCGCCUCCCCUAGCCUGGAUGACUACGUAAAGUCCAUCUGUCAGCUGGCGCAGCCCACCUCAGUGCCGGAUGAGGCUGCAGCCAGGGUCCGACCCAGUAGACCCCACCGGCCAGCCCGUUCCCGUGAGAAGAGCUGCACCACUGGGUCCCUACAGGACAUCACCACCCGCUUCAGUGGCCAGCAGCCCACACUGCCCGGGGCCAGCACUGUGGACCCCCUGGACUGGCUCUUUGGGGAGUCUCAGGAAAAUCAGCCAAGUGGGCGGGACAUGCCAAGGAGGACUGGAUCCUCUGCUGACCCCUGGGCUUCAUGCAGACAAACGGACAGUGGCAAGGCCCGGGGGGCCCCCAGAGGGAGGCUGAGUGAUGUCAGGGCUCCAGGGCACUCACUGCUGAGACUGCAGAAGGACUGGCACCAGUGCUCCCAGGCUUCUGGGCAACCUGGCCAAGAUGCAGUUUCCCCAACAAGCCCCCGUCCCAGCAGCGUCCUUAGAACUCUCUAUUUGCACCUCCCCGUGAUCCAUGAACUCUGA